AUGGCCUGCACUCGCUGUAAGUCCGAUGUCAAGAACAAUGUGCACUACGCGGAGGAGACGCAGGUCAUCUAUCCGGCAGGCACCAAUGCUGUCCUGUGGCAAGCUGACCAGAAGCAGCAGAAGAUCUUCCAAGGAAAUGAAGGUGCAGAAGGUCUUACUUGCAUGGCGGUGAACAACACGAAGCGCUACCUGGCUGUGGCAGAAAAGUGCUACGAAGGGGCGAUCUGCACCAUCUUCGACUUGGUCACAGCCAAGAAGCGCAAAACCCUGUCCUGGCCAGAAUCAGAUGCACCAGAAUUCGUUUGCGUGGCCUUCUCGUCCGACAGCAAGUACCUGCUCACACAAACGGGCAAGUCUCCGAGCGAGAAGCACGAUUGGACUCUGAUAUACUGGAUAUGGGACAAGGCUAGAUACAUGGCAUCUAUCAAGGUGUCAAAUCCUCAAAACUCACUCAUCCGUGAGUGCUCUUUCAAUCCCACAGAUUCUUCCAUCGUUUGCGUCAUCGGUGACGGCAUCUUCAAGUUUAUGCAGCUCAAGGACGGUUUCAAGACGCUGCCAGUAGCUCCCGCCAAGCUGCAGAGCUUCAUGUGCCACACUUGGCUGCAUGACGACAAGAUGCUGGUUGGAUGCGAGAACGGCGACCUCCUGCUCUUUGAUAAUGCUGGUGAGUUCCAGCUGGUACUGCCUACGAGCCCGGGCGAGCCCAGGGCAGCGACCUGCGUCAUCUCCUUCUCGAAGGGCUUCGUGAUUGGUGGUGAUGAUGGUUGCAUCCGCGUCUAUGAGAAAAGCGAUGAGCCCAAGGAGGUUUAUCGCACGACCAAGACGCUGCAGGUGGAGGGCGGUGCUGGGGCUGUCCGCAGCUUAGCCCUGAGCCCCUCUGAGGAGCUUUUAGCUGUAACAACCUCAACGUCUCAGCUCUACCAGCUGUCGCUGCUGGGGCAGGACCUGCUCAAGGCAGACGAGACUCCGGCUUUCGAUCCAGUCUUGACUCAUUUUCACACAGGUGCCAUUUUGGGCAUGGAUGUUUGUAUCAGGAAGCCCUUGGUAGUGACCUGUGGAGUUGACAAGUCGGCCCGGGUCUGGAACUACGUCGAGAAGACGUGCGCCCUGUGCAAGUGGUUCAACGAGGAGGCCUACAGCAUCGCCUUUCACCCCUCUGGGUUCCAUCUGAUUAUCGGCCAGUCUGACAAGCUGCGUCUCAUGAAUCUCCUGAUGGAGGACAUGAAGACCUACAAGGACAUUCCCAUCAAGCAGUGUCGGGAAUGUCGCUUCAGCAAUGGUGGCCAGUAUUUCGCUGCGGUGAAUACCAACGCGACGAACGCCAUCCAGGUGUACAAAACCUACACGUGUGAGCCGAUUGAGACACUGCGCGGCCACAACAACAAGGUCCGAUCUGUUGCCUGGACACAGGACGACUCCAUGCUCGUGUCCACGGGCGCUGAUGGAGCCGUCUACGAAUAUUAUGUCCAGGCCGAGACGAUCCCGGGCCGCGAGGGAAGACGAGUUGGCAAUGACUUUGUGCAAAAGGGCACCUCGUUCUCGAGCGUCAUUGUGCAUACAGAUUUGGCAACAGGUGCAAAUACAAUGUAUGUCGUGGGAAGCGACCAGAUGCUGCGAGAGGUCUUUCAAGGCACGACGCAGAAUGUGGUGAAAGCAAACACAACUUUGGGCCAAAUCGUGCUGGCCAACUCUGCAAAGAGCUUGUUUGCUGCAGUGGCAGAGCCGGAUGCCCCGGGCCCUAUCCGCUGCUACAAGUUUCCCUUGGAUGGCACCCUGAUUGAAAAAGCUGUUGGUGUGGCACAGGACGGUACAUUGUUCGUCUUCGAUGUGAAGCGCAAAGAUCGAAAUGUCUCAAAGCGAGACAAGGAGAGCGCCUUGCCUCCAUCUGACGAAAUCCUGGUGACCCGGACCUUCCUAGACGACAAGCAGGCGCAGCUUGUGGAGUUCGAGCGCCAGGUCGACGAGCUGUCGAAUCAGCAAGAGUUCCAGCUCAGGCACCGCGAGAGUUAUCACAAGGAGGAGAUGGUGGAGCUCGAUGAGCGCUACACGGCCGAGAUCGACCAAGAGCGCCAGAAGUAUGAGAUGCUUCGGGAGGAGAAGAACGACGCGGAGAUGGAAGCCGAGGAGAACAUCAAGAGCUUGCAGGAGCACCACGCGAAGCAGGACCAGGAGCUGGAGAGUUCCUUUCAGCACAAGAUGAUGAUUGAGGUCGACAAGUAUCAGAAGCUCGCGGCGGAGCGUGAGGAGAUCCACCGGAGGUGGGAGGAGGAGCAUCGGCGCAUCCUUGCGGAGCACCAGAAGAAGGUCAGCGACAUGCAGGCCGAGUUUGAGGCGAAGCAGGCGGCCGACCGGGACUCCAUCAAGCGCAUCCUGAAGGAGAAGAGCCUCGCGGAGGAUGUCCACGCAGAGACGAUGCGGCAGCUUGAGCAGGACACCGACAGGGAGAUCGAGGAGCUCAAGGAGGACAAGGAGACCCGGCUGAAGGCGGAGAGAGACGACAAAGUCCGACUCCGGGGUCAGGCCGGCAUCCACAAGCGGAACCACGAGGAGCUGAAGCGCCAGAUGCUCCUGAAGGAAGACGAGCUCCUCAAGUACCUGGAGGAAGCACGGAAGAAGGACGAGAAGAUACAGCAGCUGAACAAGGAGCGAGACUACAAUGCGAAGGAGAUACGUCAGAGGGACACCACCAUCGGCGACAAGGAGGGGAAGAUCUAUGAGCUGAAGAAGCAGAAUCAGGAGCUUGAGAAGUUCAAGUUCGUGCUGGAUUACAAGAUCAGGGAGCUGAAAGCGCAGAUUGAUCCCAAGAACGACAAGAUUGCCGAGAUGAAGAAGGAGAUCCAAGCCAUGGAUGCGGAUCUCGAAGACUACCACAAGAAGAACACGCAGCUUCAGGUGAACAUCCAGCAGCUCAAGAGCAAGCACAACACCCUGCAGGACGACAUCGUCUCCCAGCGGAAGAAGAUGACGGACUGCCAGACGGUCAUAAAGCGAUUCAAGACGGACCUGCACGAGUGUGUGCAGUUCAUUCAGGAGCCCCGGCUGCUGAAAGAGUCGGUCUCGGCGCUCUACAAGAAGUACGUGCCCAAUGGUGUGAAGAAGCAGGAGCUGGACAGCGAUAUCCAGCGAGAGUACAACCGUCAGAGGGACUACUUGGAGAAGUCCGUGGACAAUCUUAAGAAGAAGCUGCUGAAGGACUCAGACGUCCAUCGACAGGACAACACUCGUGUGCUGCAGGAAAACGUGCAGCUGAUUAUUGAGAUAAACAAUCUUCGCCGUGAGAUUGAUUACCUGAAGCGAGAGCGACAGCAGCAGCGACUCCAUGUCUCCAAGCUCAAGAGCACCACCAAGUCUAGCACCGCGUCAGGAAAGUCGGAGCCAGAUCUUGGGGCGCUCACGCGUGAGAUAGAUGAGAACAAAACCCAGAUUGACGAGCUAAAAAGAAAGCUCGACGAGCAGCGGACACUGCGACAAACCGCUCUGGCAGAUGCUGCCUCGGCAGAGACGUAG